AUGGAUGAGAGCAGAGGGCGACACCCCCGCCCGCCUCCCCUCCCCUCUCCCCCUCCCCUCGGCGGCCCGGCCCGGCCCCCCCGCGGCGGGGCGGCUCCGAGCGCGGCUGCACUCCGCCGCGCCGAGCCAGCGAGCGGGCGGGCGGGCGGCAGCUCUCGCCGGGCGCCGGAGCCCACGGGCGGCGGAGGGCGCGGGCCGGGACCGGGGCCGGCCGCGGCGGGAUCGCGGCGAGUUGGCGGCGGCCAGAGCUCGCCGGAAAGUUGGUGCCGGCUGAGCCGGAGGCGCCCGCUCGCCAUGCAGAGACCCGGCGGCCAGGGGACCGCUUUCUCCAUCGACUCGCUCAUCGGGACGCCGCCGCCGCGCUCCGGGCACCUGCUCUACACCGGGUACCCCAUGUUCAUGCCGUACCGGCCGCUGGUGCUCCCGCAGGCGCUGUCCCACGCCCCGCUGCAGUCGGGGCUGCCGCCGCUGGCCCCGCUCGCUUCCUUCGCCGGCCGCCUCACCAACACCUUCUGCGCCAGCCUGGGCCAGGCCGUGCCCUCCAUGGUGGCGCUCACCACCGCGCUGCCCAGCUUCUCCGAGUCCCCCGACGGCUUCUACCCUCCGCAGGAGCUGCCCCCGCCGCGCGCCACCCCCGACGGCGGCUGCCGGCGCGGCACCGACGGGCUGGAGGCGGAGGAGCUGCCCCCGGGCCGCGACAAGGGGCCGCCCGAGCCGCCGCUGCACUUCCCGGAGCCCUUCCCCGGCCUCGCAGACGGCAAGGCGUACAGCUCAGACGAGGAGAAGCUGGAGGUGAAGUCGGCGGCGACGCCGUGCAGCGAGCGGGAGGAGGAGAGCUCGGCGGGCGAGAGCGAGGAGGAGCCGUUCCUGGACGGGGCGAGCGCCGGCACCGCGCUGGGAGCCAAGGGCAAGGGCAAGGGCGGCCCCGCCGCCGAGCAGCCCCCGCCGGGCUCCGGGGCCGGCAAGAGCCGCCGGCGCCGUACGGCCUUCACCAGCGAGCAGCUGCUGGAGCUGGAGAAGGAGUUCCACUGCAAGAAGUACCUGAGCCUGACGGAGCGCUCGCAGAUCGCGCACGCCCUGAAGCUGAGCGAGGUGCAGGUGAAGAUCUGGUUCCAGAACCGCCGCGCCAAGUGGAAACGCAUCAAGGCUGGCAAUGUCAGCAACCGCUCGGGAGAGCCCGUCCGCAACCCCAAAAUCGUGGUGCCCAUCCCGGUGCACGUCAAUCGCUUCGCCGUGCGCAGCCAGCACCAGCAGAUCGAGCAGGGCGCCCGGCCCUGAGGACCCUGGGGCGGGGGCCGAGCACCCGCUGCCCCUCCUGUGUACAUGUCCCUUAUUUAUUCCGUGUAAACUCUGUACAUACGGCAGCGUGUCCUUCUGUCCGUGCCAUGGGCAAUGCGGCCGCCUGGCCCUGGCGCCCUGGCCGCCCGCUGGGCCGGGCCGAGCCGGGCCGGGCCGGGCCGGGCCCGCGCUGCCGCCGGCGCCCGCCCGUGUAUAGCUGU